UUUCUCUGCAUAUGGCCACACUUGAACAGCCGACAGCUGAUUUUUCGUUAGUUUUUCAUAAUCAAAACGCAAAAUGUCGAAAUUACUAACCGAAAUGGCAAUGAACACGCUGCGGAACACUCGGUUCGGCGCCCGUCAGCUAGUUCGCAAUUUUGCGGGCAUUGCAUCUACGCGUAACAAUCCCGAACCGGCGCAUCUGAAGUCCGGCUAUGGCUAUGCACAUGAACAAGGGCUCCUGCAGCAGCAUCAGCAAAUGCAGAUGCCGUUGGCAGGCAGGCGCAGCAUGUUCAUCCAGACACAGGACACACCCAAUCCGGAGAGUCUCAAGUUUCUACCCGGCGUGGAAGUGCUCGGCAAGGGCAACACCUAUGACUUUCCCAAUGGGACGACCGCCCAUGGCAGUCCACUGGCCAAACUGCUGUUCCGCGUGGAGGGAGUGCGUGCCGUAUUUUUUGGCGCCGACUUUAUCACCAUCUCAAAGCAGGAGGGCGCCGAAUGGAGCCUAAUCAAACCAGAGGUAUUUGCCGUCAUCAUGGACUUCUUUGCCAGCGGACUGCCCGUUCUGCAUGAGGCUCAGCCCAAUGCCGAUACCGAGAUUCUCGAGGAUGAUGACGAAACGGUCAUGAUGAUAAAGGAGCUGCUGGACACACGUAUCCGACCCACUGUCCAGGAGGAUGGCGGCGACAUUGUCUUUAUGGGUUACGAGGAGGGUGUCGUCAAGCUAAAAAUGCAGGGCUCCUGCUCCUCGUGUCCCAGCUCGAUUGUGACGUUAAAGAACGGCGUACAGAACAUGCUGCAGUUCUACAUACCAGAAGUGGAGUCGGUGGAGCAGGUCUUCGACGAUGCGGACAGGAUGAAUGACAGUGAGUUCGAGCGCUUUGAGCGCAACCUGAAGACCUUGAGGCAGCAGGAGCCAACAGCGGCUGGAGCGGGAACGCCAACUGGUGGCACCGGCGGCGGUGGCUCUAAUUAGUUUUUCGGGAAAAUCUUAAUCUUCUAUUUAUUUGCGUUGCUAAUUUUUAGUCAAAACCCAUACAUACAUAAAUGUAGUUGAUUGUUUAAAUAAAUCUAUUGCUUUAAGCUUGAGUGGA